AUGAUUGUACUGAAAAUGUUCUCGUUGCUUCUGAUUGUUGGAAUUUCUGUAAAUGAAGCUGUGAUAAUCGAUUGCACUUAUUCAAUCAUUCGAGUGUGGACGGUUCCCAAUUUAUACGCUUGUCAAGGAAAAUUGAUUUCUAUCGGUGAUCCGAACAACGUCACAGCAGUAUCACAUAACCACAUCAAUGGGAAAAGUAAUAACGAAGUGCAGGCAUUAAUUCUUGAUAAUAGUCAAAUUAAAUCGAUGCUUCGUAACAUAAAUCAAUUCUACCCAAACCUUGAGUCAUUGACUGUAAGAUAUUCUGACAUUACCGAAUUAAAUCUAGAAGACCUUCAAGACUUCCCGAAUCUUACUCAAAUUGAUUUCGGAAGCAACAAGAUUGAAAGAUUAAAUUGGAAUCUAUUUAAGAAAACACCGAAAGUGAAAGUAAUCGGACUCAAUUGGAAUCCUAUCAAAUAUAUUGCACACAACGUUUUUGAUGAUUUGAGUGAGCUGGAAAUGCUGCACAUGAAUCAAAGAUGCUUCGAUAGGAACAUCAAUAACAAUAAAUCAGCAAUCGCUGCAGCUCUUUUUGACAUUUUCCAGAAAUGUCCACCUACACUUGAAAUGAUGAAAUCCGAAAUUGUCAAUGGAGAAGAAUUGAGAAAGGAAAUCAAAGCCGAAAUUGAUGAGGAAAUUAAUCCCCUGACGUGGUCAGUAUUUGAAAUGGGUUCGAAGUUGAUUCAUUAUGAGGCUAAGAUUACUCAAAAUGAAAAUCAAAUCCAAUAUUUGAACAAUGAGAUUAAAAUCUUGAAACUCCAUUUACAGUCUUUGAUGCGUUUUCAAGAAAUGCUUACGAAACAAAAAUUUCCAUAA